AUGAAGCACUUGUGGCAGAUUUUUGUCCUGUGGGGCUUCUGGGUGCUCAUCUUGUGGCUGAUGGCCCCCUGCCUGGAUCCAAAACCUGAAUCGGCACCCCAGGGAAAACUGAUGGUCUUGGUACUGGGGCAUUGCAACUGCCCUUGGUUCAAAUUCAGGAAGAGUGGCUGCCCAUCUGAAACACUAAACUCCUCCCUCUGCUACCACAGAGUUGGAGAACGGGGCUGGUGUGCUGAAUGCUAUGAGAAGAUGAUGGAGUACCUGAAGAGGGACAUGGACUCAGCAAGUGGUUUUGGCAAAAUGUGGAAAAAGGUGUUCAAGGGGAUUCCCAGACUCUCAGUGAGCCAUUUCCAUUGCUACUGUGGGGCUUGUACUUUGGUGGGGAACUCCAAGAUCCUGCGGGCCUCCGGCCUUGGCAACAAUAUCAACCAGUGGACCCUAGCCUUCGGGUGAUGCUUCAUCUAUCCUGGGAAUGCCAACAGCCAGGGCUCUUGGAGACAGCUGCUGCUUCUGCUGCUGCUGCUGCUAAAGCUUUCUGGUCUGGUGUGGACUUCAGAUGCUCCAAGUGAGGAGGUGAUGGUCUGGGACUCCAAAUAUUUUGGAAGGUGGUCCAGUUCCCUAGUGGAAUGGAAGACAGCAAAGACCCAGUAUAACAAAGGCAGCUGGCUGGAUGACCAGGGCCAGUAUGCCUUCCUGGGGCUCAUGGCUCUGUCUGUGCCUUGCGCAUCUGUGACCAGGAUGCCUACUUUGGAUUUGGAUCAGAAAAGCAAAGAAAGGGGUGCAAUGACUGUUAAUCAGACCAAUGAUUACAAGGAGAUUUUGUCCAUACAGAGCAUGGAAGCAGAAAUGGAAGUCAGCUACAGUGUGUUGGGCAAGCUCACUGUCCACAUGUGA